AUGCCCCUCAUCGUUUGCUGCUACAAGAAACCGCCAAAGGCCUUCAUACACAACGCUCCCGGCCGUGGUGGCAUGACAACACGAGCUGUCUCGGUCCUCGAAAACUGCGCUAUCAGCCUCCGUGACGGUGCUGGUGCUUUCGGUAGCCAACGGUGUCCGGUGUUGAGGGCGGGCCGCUGUCGCAAGACGCCCGCUGGGCAAGUGAUCAUCGGGUUCGACUUGUUAGUCCGAGUCGUUCGAUGGGGCCGAGAAAGUGUCGGAGGCUGGGUAGGGAUCCGUCACGGGCGAAACACGGAACCUCCAAUCGCGCCCACGGCUACCAGAGUAAAGCCGAGAAAUGCGUUCCCUAAUUUCCGGCUCGCCCGGAGUUGCCGAAGAAGGACGGAACUCGUCGCUCGAAGGGGUUGGUACUCGCGGUACUCGCGGUACUCGCCGGUACGGUUCGUGGUACACUGGGCCUGA